GACCUUGAUAAUCAUUCGCGAUCGGAGCUCAUUCAAUCGUGCUGUAGGUCCGAUAUUAUUUCUGUUUGUUUGACGAACAGAUAUUUCGCUAAAUAAUGGCGUCACUAGGAAAAGUUUUGCGCAGUACAUUGUUCACAAGCUCCGGUGCUCGGAUGCUGAGACGCUACCCGCUAGCGUGUACAGGCAAUCGGCUUUUGAGUGAAACAAAAUUCAUCAAUAACCUUAAUCUUCAAAAAUGCAUAGUACCUACGGUGUGUGUUGGUCGACAUUAUUCGGACACAACGGCAGCCAGUCGAAUGUCUAUGAUCGAAAUUGAAAAAAGAGUGCUUAAAACACUUGUGCGGCAUUACAGUGUCAAGCCACCGUUGACUAUUGACCAGAUUAAAAAGCGUGUUCUACUGGUAUUACAGUUAUAUGACAAGGUCAAUCCGGAUAAGCUUACACUUGAAUCACAUUUUAUCAAUGAUUUAGGAUUAGAUUCAUUAGAUCAUGUUGAAGUAAUCAUGGCUAUAGAAGAUGAAUUUGGUUUUGAAAUUCCUGAUGAGGAUGCUGAAAAAUUGCAUAAACCUAAAGAUAUUGUGCAAUAUGUAUGUGACCGUGAAGAUAUUUAUGAUUAAACCAACUAGUCCUAUAUCUUUAUGUUACUGAUUGUAGUUUUUCCAAAUGUAAUAACAACUUAUUGGAACAUCGACACUGAUUUGUAAUUUUUUUUAAGAAUAUAAGUAUAGUAAGUGUUGAAAAAGUUGCUUUGUCUGAAAUACAAUUUUUUUUUUUUU